AUGUAUCUUCAGCGAAUGCUAAUUGCGCUGGCGCUGGCGCUUUUCGCGGUUGCUGUGCUCGCCGCGGAGGAUUACUAUAAGGUUCUUGGGCUGGAUAAGUCUGCGUCUGAGAAGGAUGUAAAGCGUGCUUAUCGGACGCUUAGCAAGAAGUUUCAUCCUGAUAAGAAUCCAAACGACGAAUCAGCCCGCGAGAGAUUUGUCGAAAUCGCAGACGCCUACGACGUCCUCUCAACCAGCUCCCUCCGCAAAAUCUACGACCAAUAUGGCCACGAUGGCGUCGAACAACACCGAAAAGGCGGCUCGGCCGGCGGGCGCGGCAACGACCCCUUCGACCUCUUCUCUCGCUUCUUCGGCGGCGGCGGCCACUUUGGACACGCGCCCGGAGCACGACGCGGACCCGACAUGGAAGUUCGGGCGGCGCUGCCACUCCGCGAUUUCUACAAUGGGCGCGAAAUCAACUUCCUGGUUGAGAAGCAGCAGAUUUGCGAUUCGUGCGAGGGAACCGGAAGCAAAGAUCGGGAGGUGAUUACGUGUGACCGGUGCUCGGGGCGGGGCAUGGUGAUUCAGAAACACAUGCUUGCACCUGGCAUGUUCCAGCAGGUGCAGAUGCCGUGUGAUAAGUGCGGUGGGCAGGGAAAGCAUGUUAAAAAUCCUUGUCCGGUUUGUGCUGGGCAGAGAGUUGUGAAGAAGGAGGUUGAGACUUCUGCUUCGAUUGAGCCGGGCAUGGAUAAGGGGACUCGUCUUGUUUUUGAGAAUGAGGCUGAUGAGAGUCCGGACUGGGUUGCUGGUGAUUUGAUUGUUAUUCUGGAUGAGAAGGAGCCGGAGCUUUCAAGCUCGGAGGCGGAGAGAAAUGAUGGGACCUUUUUCCGGAGGAAGGGGAAGGAUUUGUUCUGGAAGGAGAUGCUUUCGCUUCGGGAGGCGUGGAUGGGUGAGUGGAGUCGGAAUGUUACGCAUCUCGAUGGCCAUGUUGUGAGGCUGGGGCGCAGUCGGGGACAGGUUGUUCAGCCUUGGGCUGUUGAGACCGUCGUUGGUGAGGGUAUGCCUCAUUAUUCUGAGGGCCAUUUGCAUGAUCAGCGUGAGGAUGAGAAUGACGAGCCGGGUAAUCUGUAUGUGGAGUAUGGGGUUGUUUUGCCGGAUCAGAUGGAGAGCGGGAUGGAGAAGGAGUUCUUUGCGCUGUGGGAGAAAUGGCGUAAGAAGAUUGGAGUUGAUCUGGGAGUGGAUAGUGGCCGGCCGAUACCUCCGCCGGCGGAGGAUGUUAAGGACGAACUGUGA